AUGGGGACCGGCAUCAACGGCAGAGCGUCUGUGGCGGCGGCGGCGGUUUUAGCCCCUCCACCUGCUCCCACGGACCCCGCCAUGUCCCGGCGGCGCUGCGCAAGCGCCGGGCUGAGCUGGCAGCAGGACCAGGCGCUGGGCAGCACCAUGCGCAUCGUGCGGGAGCUGGGCCCCACUGGCUUCGUGCUGCAGGAGGAGGGAGGGCCCGCGCACCGGGUGUUCCUGGGGGAGCCGCACUCCUGCACCUGCGCCACGUUCCUGAGGGAGAAGGACCUGUGCAGCCACAUCUGUUGGAUAUUGUUGAAAAAAUUCAAAAUUCCAAGAAACCAUGAAUAUGCUUUUCAGCUGGGUCUUCUGGAAGGAGAGAUCAAUGAUAUACUUCAGCAAUUACAGCAAGAACAGACACUCCCCCCAAGAGCAAACACUCUCUCCACCAAAACAUUACAGAAAGAGGAUGAUGGAUACAUUAAUCAGAAAGAAAUUGAUGCAGAGGAUGUCUGUCCUAUUUGCCAGGAAGAGCUACUAAAGAAAAUGUUUCCCAUCACUUAUUGCAGGUACGGCUGUGGAAACAACGUUCACAUCACAUGUAUGAAGAUUUGGGCUGAUCACCAGGGUGAAUUAGAGAGUGACUCUGUGGUGAAGUGUCCCCUCUGUAGAGAAGAAUUUGCACCAUUAAAGCUCAUUUUAGAAGAAUUCAGGAACUCCACUCAGCUUGUGACUGCAGCAGAGAAAGUGAGACUUGACAAACACCUUGGACUCCCCUGUAAUAACUGCAGAGCAUUUCCAAUUGAGGGAAAAUGCUACAAGUGCACUGAGUGUAGUGAAUAUCAUCUAUGCCAUGAAUGCUUCACUAGCUUUUGCCAUCCUCCACAUGUUUUCACCUUUCGACAGAAGAGAAAUCAGAAGUGGAGGUCACUUGACCAAGUUUCACCAUUGUCAACUUCAGGAGGAAAUUUAAAAAGCGUUAAUCCAGGCGAUAAUUCUAAAGAAGAGAUGUUACAUCUUCAGGAGAAGUCCAGUUGCAUCCCAAAGCACAUUGUAAAAUCUUUACCUCUGAUGUUGAUUAGAAAAUGUAGCAACUUUCUUGCUCCAGGUCUGCAAUGUAGGCUCUGCUUGAAGAUCUUUUGUCUUGGUCAGUAUGCAAGACUCUUGCCAUGUAAUCACAAGUUCCACAGAGAAUGUAUUGACAACUGGUUAUUGCACCAAAAAAAUGCAUGUCCUAUUGAUGGAUAUAUUGUGUAUAAUCCAUUAACCUGGAAGGAUAUAUCAGCCAAUCAUGAUGUCAAUCAGCCAGGAUCUCAAACAAAUACUACCAAACUUGCAAAGCAGAUGGAACCAGAGCUUUUCAUACCUGGAAUUGGAUUGUUCUUCAAGCAAACAUUAUUAGGCCAUCCACUUGAAAAAUCUCAAGAUAGCCUCCAAAGACUUCAUAACAAUAAAGAUCCACCACAUUCUCAACAGGGUUUAAUUUUAAAUGGUAUAAGCUACUUUCAUUUAGGAGAUUCUGAUUCUAGUCAGCACAGCAUUGAUAGAAAUUUAAAUCUGCAAUUUUCCAGGCAUGGUAAGGAUUUAGCCCAUAAGCCUUUCCAGAAAAUACUCUCUCAAAAAUCCUAUUCUGUAACAUCUAGAAAAGAUGCAAUUUCUAAUGAUACGAGAGUCUUAAAUGGAACUUGUACUAAUAAAGAAAAAGGAGCAAAAGUGUGCUAUGACCAUGCUAACCCAAACAAAGUAGUUUCUUUUGAAGACAGGAAUAACCGUGAAAUUUCAGCAUGUGUAAGAUUUCCUGGGAAAUUGAACUUGGAGGAUAAUUUGGGGGAUACAAUUGACUAUACGUUCCCAAAAAGGGACAGUAAGUGUGUGGGAAAAGCCAGACAGCAAAGAAGACUUCUAGCAAGACCACCUAAGCAUAAGCCUCUGAGCCUUAAAACUACAGAAGUAGCUUUAUUAAUGGAAGGAAUUCCACUGAAUAACAAGUCAUAA